AUGGGUUACAAAAUCAUCUAUCGGUCCAGCAUUGCAAGCUACAAAACCUGUGUGAAGAAUCCGAAGAAAUUCAAGUUUUUCUGUGGUCUGUCCCCUUACAAUUUCAAAGUAUUGUACAAUUUACUUGGUGGGCAUGAAAAAAUCAAGAGCUUGAAAGUCAAGUACUCUCAGAAGACCCCAAAGAAAUUUUCUACUAAAACAAAAUUAACAUCUGAGGACAAAUUGUUGUUGUUCCUAAUACGCCUAAGAAGAGGCGUCCCUGUUAUUGAUUUGGCAUAUGUUUUUGGCAUUGAGAAAUCACAAUGCGCUUCUAUUGUGUAUGUCAUGUUGAGGUAUCUGUACCUUACAUUCAAAGGACUUGAAAAGUACAUGUUCAUCAGUGCUGAGGAGCAAAAAUCUCAGAUGCCUGGACCAUUUCGUCCCUUUAAGAAUCUCCGAGUGAUCAUUGAUGGAUUUGAUAUUCAUAUAGAUUGCCCUUCUAAUUUCCAUCAUCAAGGUAAUACUUACUCGGAUUACAAGUCAAACAACACCAUCAAAUUCAUCGUUGGCAUAUCAAGUCGUGGUGCUAUAAUAUUUGUUAGCCCUGGAUUUGAGGGAAAUAUUUCAGAGAAACAGGCUCUGAAAGAAAGUGGAUUUUAUGAAUAUCUGCAACCUGGUGAUGUAGUGAUGAGUGAUCGUGGGUUCAACAUCAAUGAUGAUCUCCUCAGAAUGGGUGUUGACCUUAUUAAACCACCAUCUCUGGAUGGAAGAAACUGUUUCACCCCAGAAGAAGAAAUAUUAACCAGAGCAAUUGCUGCUGCCCGAAUUUAUGUUGAGCAUGCAGUGAAAUUAAUCAAAGUCAACAGACUAUUUAUGCCCUGUGUGCCUCUUACUCUCCUUCCGACUCUGUCAGACUAUGUGUAUGUUGCUGGCGCCCUGGCAAAUUUUGGUACAAAGAAUUUCAAACAAGGAGCAAAGAAAAAGAAGGGAGGAAAGUAG